CACGGGAGGCCACAGCUAUCUCUCUUUCUACUCUCUCUCUCUCUCUCUCUCUCUCUCUCUCUCUCUCUGCUUCGACCACCGCAGCUGCUGCAGAGAGAGCGGGUUCGGUGCGUCCAAAAUCCAUUUUCAGAUCCCGUCCUCUUCCCCUCGAGUCGCCAUGUCUCAGGUGGAUAACCGGAACUCUUCUGCUGGAAAGCGUGCACGAACCGACGGUGGUCGAAGGGAAGAUGAUUGGACAUGCCCUAGCUGCGGCAACGUCAACUUCUCAUUCAGGACGACAUGCAAUAUGCGGAACUGCACACAGUCAAGGCCUGCAGAUCAUAAUACGAAGCCAGCUCCAAAACAUUUUCAGACUCCUCCACCUUACACAUCAUCAGCAGCCUACAUAGGAUCUGGGACUCCAUCCUCAAUGUACCUUGGUGCUUCUCCUUACAGUUCAACUCUCUAUAAUGGGCCAGCAAUGCCCCGAUACGACUUACCUUUUUCUGGAGGUUCUGCUUAUCCAUAUAGCUAUGGAAGCCGCUUUCAAGUUGGUAGUCCGGGCCCUUAUGGUCCAAUUCAUUUGUCCGGACCUCCUCCUUAUUCUGGUGGAUCUAUGAUGGGAGCAGGUGGUAUGUAUGGUGUGCCUCCUCUAGUAGACCGAUAUGGGUUAGGCUUGCAUAUGGGUCAUGGUGCAAUGGGAGUAAGGCCUGGGCCAUAUCCUGAUGACGGUGUCCAAAAGAAGGCCUCAGGAGUGGGACGAGAUAAUGAUUGGGUGUGUCCUAAUUGUGGCAACAACAACUUCUCUUUUCGAAACAUUUGCAACAUGAGGAAGUGCAACACCCCAAGGCCAGGAAGCCAGGGCUCAAAAUCUGAGGUUUCAAAAGGUUCCAAACAAAAAAUGCCGGAAGGUAGCUGGAAAUGCGAGAAGUGUAACAACAUUAAUUAUCCUUUUCGGACCAAGUGUAACCGACAAAAUUGUGGUGCUGAAAAGCCUCCUCAGGCAGACAAUCCUGAUGGUCAGGCAUCUGAGGAGGAUGAUCAGGCAGAAUAAAAUGAUCUGCAUGAGAGAAGUGUUUUAUAAUAUAGAUAUAUCUGGAAAGGAACUGUUAAAGAAGAAUACUUCAAAAGGGGUUAAAUGAGAGCUGCUGAAUAUGAGACCAAGAUGAUUUCCAGCUGUGGGAGGAAUUACAAAUGUAUUCACCAGAUUAGGUGUUAUGAAUGGGGAUAAGUAAAUAGUAGCAAACUAAGGAGGUAUUUGUUGCAUGUUGUUGUCGCUAUUGCACUGUUCAUUGGAGAUUAGACUCCACUAUUUGGUUGGUUGAAUUGGUUGAGGUGCAAGUUGCUCUUCCUACCUCUCAUCUUGUCGUCGACUUCUUUCUUCUGCUGCCGUCAUCCAUCUUAUCGCCUUUAGUUCCAUAAUUGCCUCCAUUUUUGCCUGUUGGUUUUGGCAUCCGGUUCACAACAAUUUGAUUUACGCUAGUAGCGUUUGUUGUCAUUAAAAAAAAAUGUGCCGGUAAUUUAACAUAAGAUUGAUAACAAGUCAAUCACAUUAUGACAUACCAAAUUGUGGAGGUCAAAUCAACCACACUAUGGUAAUUUUAAGUAGAAAAGAUGGUAGAGAAAAAAUGUUGUUUGAAUUUUAUGUUGUGUGAUAAUAUUUGAUUGGAUUAGUAUAAAACCUAUGUGGAAUCGCUAGUACAGAGAAGACUUUGAAAAAGAACUUUGAAAAAGAACGGUUAGAAUGGCAGAAAGUACUUUCUGAAUUGCUUAUUUUCAUGUAAGGUUUGUAACAAUCCGAUUAAAUAUUCACCCAUCAACAAUGUUUUAUUUAUCAUCUUUUAUAUUUGAAAUAAUCGUAAUAUUUUUUGUGUGACCAUCCUAUUUCUUAUAUGUCAUAAUGGGAUUGGUUUGUUACUAAUCUUGCAUGGAAU